ACGAUAGCACUCACGAAUUGCUCGUUUCGGACGGUGAUACCUGUUUUGUUUUCUCGGGAAUUUGAUUUUCCGCCGACUGUAUCCGGGAAAUGGAGGCUGCUGGAAAGGUGAAGAAGGGUGCCGGAGGAAGGAAGGGCGGUGGUCCCAAGAAGAAACCCGUAUCCCGCUCCGUCAAAGCUGGUCUUCAAUUCCCGGUCGGUCGUAUCGGCAGAUACCUCAAGAAGGGCCGUUAUUCUCAGCGCGUUGGAACUGGUGCCCCGGUCUACCUCGCUGCCGUGCUGGAGUACCUAGCUGCUGAGGUUUUGGAGUUGGCUGGAAAUGCAGCAAGGGAUAACAAGAAGAACAGGAUAAUCCCGAGGCAUGUUUUGUUGGCUGUGAGAAAUGAUGAAGAACUUGGGAAGCUUCUAGCUGGAGUCACAAUUGCUCAUGGUGGUGUCCUGCCGAACAUCAACCCUGUUCUUCUUCCAAAGAAGUCUGACAAGGCAGCAAAGGAACCCAAGUCGCCAUCCAAGGCCACCAAAUCUCCCAGAAAGGCUUAGUUUAUCAAUUGUGUUAGAGAAAGACUUGUCUUCUUCUUAUCUCUCCCUGUAUGUAGUCCCCCUUCUCUGUCUAUGGGUGAUAGGAAAGCUUUAUUCGAUCAGAAAAUAGGAGCAUUGUACUCUUUGUUUCCAUGUUCUCUUAGGACAUUCUGUUUCAAAUGAAUGAAAUUCAGUUUUCAGAUAAUUUCAGGGUUUUUUAAUAGAGAUGCUUUACUAUUUGGUAAGGUUUUUGUGUAUUGAUUAGAAA